AUGAUGCGUGGAUUUAGACAAAGACUUAUGAAAAAGUCGUCUUCAAAUUCAAAUAACGCAACCACACCUGCUUCUUCAUCCUCCUCCUCCUCCUCAUCUUCUUCUACGACUUCUAGCAAGAAAAAUUCAACAACUUCAAACACUUCAGCCACUUCUUCCAGAAAAUCGGUUGAAAUACAAAGAUCCAACAAUAGUACCAUGUCCACAGCCUGUAAUACAUCAUCACCAGCUUCUUCUACUUCCUCUAAUAACAGCACUUCAUGCAAUACUUCUACUAGCAAUACCAAGAUUAAAAGAAGUUCUUCUAAUAAAAACAUGAAAAGUUCAUCAUCAUCAUCAUCUUCUUCUUCUACAUCUUCAAAAAAAUCUAGAAAUAAAAGUUCUCAUAAUAGGACUGCAACUCCUAUUAUUAUUAAGCCUCCUGUAGUUGACAUUUCUGUACCUAUUGAGCCACUUUCAGUAGAAACUGUUACUCCGCCAUCAAACCGUACUUUGCAAGUAGCUACAGAUAUCACUAAUUUCAACACUACAUCGGUCACCACUACUACGACUAAUACCACAAAUAAUAACAAUAACAAUAGUAAUAGUAAUAAUAGUAAUAAUAAUAGUAAUAAUAAUAGUAAUAAUAACCAGCCUUUGGUUUCUUCCCCAUUGGCAAAUAAUAUAGAAUCGGAUAGAACUCCAAAUAACAUUAACAAUAGUAUGUCACUUCCAGCAGGAAAUUUAAAUUUAACUCCAAAUUCAAAUCAAACCUUAAAUCCAAAUCCAAAUAAUAUUCCUGUCUCAUGCCCAAGCCCCUUAAUGGAUAGACCAAAUAAUUUUGCAGACUUAGGUGUAGAAAAUAUUAUGAAGACUCCACAGAGACAUGCUUCUUCUAGAUUUGAAAAUUCAAAACAUACUCAAAUAAGACAAUUACAAAGAUUCGAUCAAUUAACCAGUCAAGAUCAGGUAAUUCCCUUGUUUAUUGAAAAAGUUAAUCAAUGUAAUAUUCUUUUCAACUUUAAUGAUCCUAGUUUCGAUAUUCAGGGGAAAGAGAUUAAAAGAUUAACAUUACAGGAAUUAAUAGAGUUUAUCAUCUCCAAUAGAUUCAAUUAUACUUUGGAAUUGUAUAAUGCAAUCAUAACAAUGUUUAAAAUUAAUAUUUUCCGUUAUAUAUCCCAUUCAAAUACAAGCAUUGAUUCCAUUGAUCCACCAAUCUUUGAUCCAGAUGAUGAUGAUCAAUUAAAUGAAUUAGCUUGGCCUCAUAUGCAAAUGGUUUAUGAAUUAUUUUUAAGAUUUAUUGAAUCGCCAGAUUUCAAUCAUCAAUUGGCCAAGAAUUUUAUCGAUCAUAAUUUCUUAUUACGUUUAUUAAAUUUAUUUGAUUCUGAAGAUUUUAGAGAGAGAGAUUGCUUAAAAACAACUUUACACAGAAUUUAUGGGAAAUUCUUAAGUUUAAGAUCAUUUAUUAGACGCUCUAUAAAUAAUAUUCUAUUGCAGGUCAUUUAUGAAGAUGAAAAAUUUAAUGGGAUUGCUGAAUUAUUAGAAAUCUUAGGUUCUAUUAUUAAUGGGUUUGCCUUACCAUUAAAGGAAGAACAUAAAAUUUUCUUAAUUAGAAUUUUAAUUCCAUUACAUGAAGUUCGUUCUUUAGCUUUAUUCCAUCCACAACUAGCUUAUUGUAUUAUUCAGUUCCUAGAAAAAGAUCCUACAUUAACUGAAGAAACUGUAAUGGGUCUUUUACGCUAUUGGCCCAAGAUUAAUUCAACAAAGGAAAUUAUGUUUUUAAAUGAAAUUGAAGAUAUUUUUGAAGUUAUUGAACCAAUGGAAUUCAUUAAAAUCCAAAUACCUCUUUUUGUUCAACUAUCAAAAUGUAUCCAAUCUUCCCAUUUCCAAGUAGCUGAAAAAGUUUUAAGUUAUUGGAAUAAUGAAUAUUUCUUAAAUUUAAUCAUUGAAAAUGCUGAUACUAUUUUACCCAUCAUUUUCCCAGCAUUGUUUGAUUUAACUGCAAAUUUGAAAUUAGAUUCGUCAAAUUUAAAUGGUAAUAAUUAUAAUAAUUCUGAAGAAAUGUUAGACCCUUACAUAUUGGUAGAACAGGCUAUAAAUUCCGGUUCUUGGAAUAAAGCAAUUUAUGCAAUGGCGUUUAAAGCUUUAAAAAUUUUCUCAGAAACAAAUUCUCAAUUAUAUGAAAAUUGUAAUUCUUAUUAUUUACAACAUAAGGACGAAAAAUUAAGAAGGGAACUUUAUUAUAAAAAUUCUUGGAAAAAAUUGGAAUCAUUUGUGGCUGAUUUACAAAGGGAUACUCCUUCAUCCUCUGAGACAAUGACAGGCUCUCAAUCCCCAACUGACAUCAAUAUGAUCAAUGCGAAUCACAUUGACCAAAAUAAUACUUUUCUAAUGAUUGAUGACAAGGAAAUCAAAACAGAUGAAUUACAAAUAUCUCCUGUACUUUCAAAAUCUCCAUCUCCUGCUUCGCUUUUAGAUUCCCCAACUGAUGACCUAAAAGAAAAAAAAUCGUUAUUAGAAGUAGCCUCUGCCGCUACAGCUACAGAUACUACAUUAGCUACAAAUGAUCAAUUAUCUAAAAAGGAAGAUUCUUCAGUUACUUCAACAGUUAUAAACGAUGACGAAUUAACUUCAAAGAAUUCAUUGUCAAAAGAUAUAGAAAUAUCUUUUUCAAGGGAAACUCGAGAUGAUGAAGAUGAAGAUGAUUAUGAAACUUUCCAUGAUGUUAAGGACCAUAAUGAUCAAAAGAAUAUUUCAUUAGAAAAGACUAUAGAACAAGAUAUGCCAAUAUCUCCAACAACAAAUAAAAAUACGCCAGACGAAAUUACAACAACCACUGAAUUGCAUACAGCUAGAGUACUAUGA